AUGGCGCAAUUUGUCAAAGGGCCGGUGGAAGGUCUCGGAAAGGAUGCGACAAUGAGACCCAUGUUUGGUGAUGAAGAAGUUUCACCACCUAUCUCGAAAUCGGCGAAGGAGAAUAAGAGGAAAAGGGCCUCGAACUCUGAGGGUCAAAAACCCAAGAAGAGAACAACCCGUAAACCCAAGGAAGAAGAAGAAGAAGAAGAAGAAGAAGAAGAAGAAGAACAGAAAGAAGUUGAUUUUGGGCUGGUGGCCCGUGCGCGAGCUAGCACCGAGAUUCAGAGAACUCCAGAACCGGUGUUAGUUGAUGCUGCUUCUUCUAGGUUUGAUGAGGUAGAGGAGGAGACUUCGGCCCAAGUCCCCGAGUCGAUGGGAACCGAAGUAGUUUUAUCUCGGGGUGAAGAGACCCUUGAAGAGGCGGUGGAUGUCGGUACAGAAACCGGGCUUGAGGCUCCCCAAGAGACCCACUUGGGGAAAUAG